AUGAAGACCACCACCAUCGUAACCGCCCUCGCCGUAGCGUCUAUCGCCACGGCGGCUCCUACCCCCGCCAACCCGGACGCAGCACUCGAAAAGAAGGGUGCCGACCCUAACGCCAACUCUGACGACACGUUCACGCACAUUCUCGUUGAGCGCAUCGAAAAGGUCUAUGACAGGGCUGGCGGGAAUGGUGGCGAAGGGGGACAAGGGGGGAAGGGGGGGCCAGUGGGGCCAGGGGGGUCAACCUCCUGCCUCGAGAAGCAUCCCAUCACCAAGGAGUGUCUUAAGAGCAUCUGUGGCCAGCAGUAG